AUGGAUUCCAACUCAAGCGUGGACGAACCACCUUGGCGCAAUGCUAAACGAAUGGAAACAUUCCAACCCAUAUCAAGUACCCUCCCUGUCCGAUAUCAGCCAGCUUGCCCUCUAAGAAGCUGGAGCUUGCCGAUGCCAGAUAUAUUCAUCAGUAGGACUCUAUUUGCUUCCCGCCUUGAACGGAAUUCUUACCAAAACUUCAUUGCCAGUGUCGAUCCUGUUACGAUACCCAUGCCGAAUCCUUGGAUAUUACAGGACUCCAAAAAUGAGUCGUUACUCGAGGUGCCGCAGCCCGAAUGGCUUCUCAGUUCAGCAACCUCCGUUUCCUUGACCAUGUUCUUCUACAUUUCAUCGAUAUAA